UAAAACUUUUUUAUUGGGCUGAAUGCAAGAGUAUUUGACUUCGGAGUCAUUCACUCCUCUAGAUACAUGAACUAACCCUCUGUACACAAUGAACCUCUGAUGAAUACAGAAAAACACACUACAUCAGGACAAAAAUGACAGCACACUGGUUAAUUUAUUUAGUAACCAAGCAGCACAGAUGUGCUCAACUUCCCUGAAUAUUGAUUCUAUAGCAGAAUUCCAUGUUUAGAAGCAGUAUAAUUGAAAAUGAGUAGGUAAUUUAUCUUUGCAACUUCUGUUAGGUCGUUUCUCCAGUUUUAAAAAGAAGACAAAGAUGCCGCAUUAAGAAAGUUGGUGGAUAGAACUUCUUCCCUACUGUCUUUGAUCUGGAAAUCUGGGCUAUUUUCCCCUCACAAAGCUCCACUUAGUCUAUUUGAAUUUAUUAUUGCAUAUCUUUAUAGCUCUUUGAGGAUCUGAGAUACUACAAUUGAACAUUACCUUAACAUGUCUAAACAGAGAAAAGCUGUCUUAGUUAUGGACAUUGCAUAGAGAGAGGCAAGGAUGGUCCUGUCUCCAGUCCCAUACACUGCCUUAAAAAUAAAGUAGCAUUUUUUAUAGCAAGGGAUUUAUAGCUAAACUAGAAAACCUUGUUCAGUUGCAUAAAUAUCCCUGUUUACUUUUGCUAGGAAUACUAAAGUUUUGGCACCACGCAGUCUGCUAUGUUUUGAGUAAUAAGCAAGAGAUCUUCCUAUUUCUUGUGUCCUGAUCUCUUCAAAGUAUAUAUUAAGCCUUAAAACCAGCUGCUGAGUUCCAUAAUAAUAAUUAAUGUUGGCAAAUAUCCACUAGUGACAAAUCUGGGAGCUACCAUAAUCCAUUCCUUUACUGCAGCUAAAAGUUUAAUUUAAAAUCACCAGUAUGAAGAAAAAGGCCUCUAUAAGUAGAAAUUGUCAUUUGAUACUGAAUUGCUGAUCAUUUAAAAAUGUAGUUUCAAGGAAGAAAAAGAAAAAAAAAAGAAAAGAAAAGGAAAAAAAAGAAAAAAAUGAAAGAAAAGGAAAAAAAGAAAAGAAAAGGAAAAGAAAAAGAAAAGAAAAAAAAAGAAAGGAAAAAAAAAAAAAAAAAAGGCAUGGUCCAAAAAGAAAAAAGGUGAAAAAUGAGGCUUGCACACUGACUUGGAUUGAUCUGUGCUAGCAAUAGCAAAUUCAAACUGCAUAUAAACUUUGUGCAUCCUGGAUGGUUGCAGAGUGAAAUCAAUGAUUCACUUGCUUACAUCGAAGUUCUUAUUUACCUGAUUAGCAGCAAAAGAGUAGAAAAUGUAUGCUGGGUUUAGGUAUAAGCAAUGACACCAUUGCUGUGCCUCUGUAUGUCAGUCAGGUGAUCAGAGAGAGCUCGCCAAUGAAUGUCUCGAAUAUCAUUUGAUCAAGGUGGUCAAAUGAUGGUUUGCAUCCUUUCUUAGCUCCAUGUUUGUGAAGUAUGGUUUCGUGGCUAUUUUCUUCUGUAACACUCCCAGGCUUUUUUCCUUCUGUUCAGACAAAAUGCCACCAGAAAUAUGUUUCUGAUGACCUUUCCACUGUCCCAGUAUAACAGGCUGAUGAGAUUCAAAUAACAGCUGAAACCUAAUAAGAAAAUCUGAAUAAACAAGAUGUACAGCCAUUCACAAUAGGUGUAUUUUUAAUCUUUUUAUUUUCUAUUUUUUCUUCAUUAAAAACCACAACAUGAAUAAGGUUUUAUAAGGUGAAAAGAGAAAUCAGAUUUUCGUGGGGUUUAAUCGGAUGUGUGAGAAAUGUAAAGCUAAUCUUUUGUUUGGGAGUGCUUUGCUUGAACUUAUUGGCAUGCAUCUUCUUUCUAUUCUGCUUUGCUAAAUGUGUUCUUCAGCUUCCUUCAUUUAUGGCUAUGGAAUAUUAGAUAUUACUUAUCUUAUUUGCCAAAGUUUCAUAUAUUCCUGAGCCAAGUGUGAACAGAGAAUUCUCUGUAGUAGAGUCUAAUGUGGAAUUUGGUGAGAAUUUUGGAGUUAAAACUGCAAGCUAUGCUGUCAACAGAAUGAAAUAACAAGGAGACUUUUUUCUGUCAAACUUAGAACAGACUUCCUUUAAAAAUUAUUCUAGGUUCUCAUAGGAUAUCACAAUUUUCAUCCCUCUAUUUUCAAAUUAUUAAUAUCAUCAAGGAACAUGUAAAAAUGAACUUAGGGAUCAUUCAGAUGAGAAAAUUUUGUUAUUAUAAUGAAAGAUUUAGCUUCUGUUUUUAGUCUCAGAAAGGGAUUUCAGCAUGUUUUCCAGACAUUUGCUACUUUAGAUCUCUGAAGUCAUGACAGAACAAACAAGAAAAUAGGAAAAAGUGAACAUUUUCAGAACACAAUGGACUACAGCAAACAUAGCCUGAUCUAAAACCUCUUAAUUCUGAUGGAAAGACACUCUCUGACUUUCAAGAGGAAUGUUGGAGCUUUGGCUUUAUGAUAUAUUGCCUGUUCAUGCAGGUAUAUGAAGACUUGAUACACACUUGAAUAUUUGUUUGUUUUGCUUUCAUGCUAGCUUGGACAGAAAAUUCUUGAGUGUUGAUUAAAUUUUAUUAAAUUAUUUUAAAUUUGAUUAAAUUAAAUUAUGUACGGAUUUUGAUUCUUUCUACAUUACUACAGAUAAAGCAUAAACUUCAGAAGUGUUGUUAACAAGUGAAAUGAAAUUUAGGAUGGGCUAAUUUAGACUGCAGAAGAGCUGGGAUUUUGCUACAAUAGUUAAGAUUUAUUUUGAAAAAAAAAAUUAAAUUAUGUCAGUUCAGAGGGAAGUUUCAGAGCCAUUGACAUAUGGUGCUUAGAACCAUACCUGCCACGCUGUCAUUUCAAAGACUUCAAAGUUAUUAUCUCCAGUGCCCUGCAGAUGAAAAGGACAAAUUCAGUCUCAUUAUUGUACAUUAUGUUCUUCACUUGAAAAGGUUCCAUAUUCCCUAGUCAUGCCUAUGAAUUUGGUGCAUGUAAGGAAUUAUAUUGAACUGGAUAUGUAGACAACUGUGUUGAUCCUUACCCUUAUAUAUAAUCUUUAUUAAUUAUUCUGAGCAUUAAAAUGAAACUAAAUUUAUGAGAUUUGUUGAAGUUAUUAAUGUUAACUUAAUUUGGAACUUCUUAGCUUUAUUAUUUUAUUCAAUUUUUUUAAUGAUUUUUGCUGUGUUAUUCCUAUGAAAGUGUGCCUGCACAAUCCAUUAGCAGCUCUACCUUUUACUUUCUUCCUUUUCUGAACCAGACAUUUGGCAUAUUUCACCUUCUUUGUUUGCCCUCAUCAAAAGGAAUUUAGUACAUAUGUAGGAAUUGCUACGAAAAUCCUUUAUAUUUUCAGUAAAAUGUGGGAGGGAUAGAAUGGUUAUACUGCAUACAUCAAUAUAAAUAUUAUUACAUUAUUCUCAAGUGCGUGAUCAUGUUUUAGUCAUUCCUUCCCUUACAUUUACAAUCCAUUCAGACCUUGCCUUAUUUGUUGCAGAGUAUGACUUGAAAAAGGCAUUUUGGGAUAUUUUUUGUCCCAUUUGGGAUAUUUGUCUUUGCUAUUGAAAGAAAGGGGUUUUUUGUUUUUGGUUGUUUUGUUUUUUUUUAGUUAAAGCACAUUGCUUGUGUUUUAGAUAUAAUACAAUUUUCCCUGCUAUUAUUAGGAAUUUAAAACUCUCAGUGAAUACUCAGAACUCCCAGUAUAAACAGCUGGAGAUCUGCACACGGAGGGGAAGCAGACUAUUGAGUUGAGCUCAGCAAUGCAUCUGAUAAAGGAAGGUUCUUCCCUAGACCUGAUUUUUUUUCCUCUGACAGCAGGUAGUACAAAAAGAAGGGAUGUCAAGGACUAAACACUCCUGAUGCCCUGACUUGUGCUGCUAUUUGCAUAUUUUACACUCCAUCAGUUUCUCUCCAAAAGAAAGAGGUGUGCAUUUAUAAUAUGACAUUUGGUUUAACUUGGUAUUGUUUAUAUAAGCUAAAAGGAAAAUUGAUUAGCUUUCCAAUUUUUUCCCCUUGCAGCUCUGAAGAUAAGUUUUUGGUCUCCUUUGAUGUACUCUUACUCUGCAUUUAAUCAGUGCUUCUGUAUUUGCUUUGUCAUGUAGUUCUACCCUUGCAAUCUUCAAGAGCCUCAUCAUGUUUAGUUCUUUUAAGAACCUCAUGGAAGGAACUGAAAACAAUUCUUCUUGGACACAAUUCUGCCAUCAUCUCAUUGAUUUUGUCUGCAUUAAAAUGAUGAUUUUUUUUAUUAUUAUUAUUUCUUAUGUUGCUGACUCAUCCUGUCCUUCUCUACUCCAGAUAUGUACAGUGGUUUCCAUACUUCCUCUGUCAUUCUGUCUUCCACACUGGUAUUCUAGUUAGUAAUUAGUCCUUGUCCUUGUAUCCUAUAGCUCUAUUUACACUCCAUCCUGGUAGAGUAGCACAUUUUGCUUAAGUUUAUUCUGUCCUUGUUGUUUGCCCCUAUGGCUGUUAAUGGGGUUGCAGGAUGAAAUAGAAAGAUCUAUUUUAAAAGAGUUCUGCCUUUGCAGAAGUCUUGUUACUAACCUGAGAGUUAUAACGCGCUUUCCCGGAAAUCUCUGCAGUGAGUGGAACUGUACCAGCACAACCAAAUGCGUGUUCAGGGGAUGGAAACCUGGCUGGGGACACAGGAGGCAGGAUCUUCCGGAGAAAGACACUUGCCAAGAGAAAUGGCUGUGGAACAAUGGCCUAUUCCCUUGCCAUCUCUCCUCAGAUCUUUUACUUUAUUGAUUACAUUUAGCUAACUUUCUGAAACUUAAAGACCCUCUCAGCUCAUCUGUUUUGGCGUGAUCUUUGCUAAUCAGUAUUAACAAGUCCCUCCAGGACAGGGGAGUGAAAAACAACUGCGCUUAUUGACUUCUUCAUUUUGGAGGAGCUGAACUGUUUCCAGCAAUUAAAGGUAAUUUGAGUUUUCUGGGAAGUGUAAAAAUUGGAGUAAGUAAUAAUAGUGUCUCUUAUUUCACAUCUCUGCGGGGACUGAGCUGUUGCUCACUGAUAGCUCUCUUUUUUAACCUUUGUGUGACCUCCAAGGGAUUUAUGACUCACAGUCAGAGAAAACAGUACUAAUCUGGUGCCCCGCUUGGUCUCAGAUGUCACCUUUCUGUGAAUAAAAUGUGUCAUCUGCUCUUCUCUUGUGCCUCUGCUCCUUUGGAACACCAUCAGGAGAAAUGCAACAUGGAGUAUUGGUACUACUAGGAGAUUUGUGGCAGGAAUGCCAAGCCAUGCACGCACAGAACUUGUUAAGCAGUUCAAGUUAACUAGGCACAAGUAGGCAGAAGCCAAGGACGUGAGAAUGUCCUUGUUGGACAGUACCUCAGGACAAGGAAUGACAAGUGAUGACAUAAAGAUGGUGCCUUCUUACCUAGUUUUUUGCUAGUACCUAUCUUUACACUCUGUUUUACUGACAGAGAUGUGUGUUUCAUAAAAUUGUGCCAAACCUGUGUUGCUAUGGGAGGAGCUGGCUCCUGUUCCACUGUAAGGAUUGUGACUUGUCAGGAAUUCUGUAUUUGGGGAGGAUGAUGUAAAGCGCUGAAAACUGUUGGGCUUGGUUUCCAGUCUAGAGUUUGGGAUUGUAUUACUUACAAAGAAUGGGUAUUCUUCCCUAUCAGUGGACAAAAAACACAGCAGUUUCUCCCUCUCUCUUUUUUACUUUUAUUUUUUGUUGUUGUUUGAUUGAUUUGCUUUGCUUUGUUUUUACUUAUAUUACCCACUGAGGGAUAUAGACUUGAAAGUGUGCUUAAUUUUUUUCUCAGCAUCUUUUUGGAGCUGAUCCCAAUCUGGCUUCAUCUCAAAUGUUCUUGGUCUUAUUGUUUAUAAAAGUGAUUAUUAGUAAAUUUUAAGCUUUUUCGGGUGCUGCAAGACAUCCCUCAAUAUCAGAGUAUGGGUUCAGUAUGAUGAAAAAAAAUAUCACGUAUAUUCACUGAUUUUUUUUCCAAGUUUAUAGCCAGGUAAAAUUUGAUACUUAUGUGAUAUGACUAUAAUUUGAAAUUAGUUCAAUCAUGAAGUGUUUUCCUUCUCCUUUCUGAAGAAUACAAGGGAUUCUUCUUUUCUUAUGUUUUAUUUCUUGGUUUCUUUUCUGUCAUUAUUUUCAUUCAUAUAAUAUGUUCACAUAACAAAUGAAUUUGACAGACCUGGCUACUACAAUCCAUAUGAUGUGGAAAGUGUUCCAAUAUAACUUGAAGGGAACAGGAGAGAAGCCCAAGACAAUCAGACAAAGUUUAAACCUUUGACCAAAGUCAGCUCCUGCAGGGCAUUGUACACUCCAACACAUCCCACAUCUCUUGAGAGGAGUUAAUGUACCUUUCCAUUAAAUACCUGGUUUUUAUGAGCCCCAGAGCACUCCCACAAGUUUUGCUGUACCACUUCAAGUAAUGACUGAUACUGUGAGGGUCUAAGUACUUUUAUGUUCUGUUUCAAGUCGUGAGGCUUUAGGGCCACCAGUGCUUUCCAAAAUUCAGAUCUCUAGUUAAGUGCUGCAGUCCAUAACUUUUAUGUCAGAAGACUUAGAUAUUUGGCAUAUUAUAAAUGUAAGAGAAAAACUAGCUGCAUUUUGAAACCAAGAUUAUAGAAAAUUAUUUUCUAAUAAUCUUUGCGAAUGCAUUCAAUUCUUUCUAGUUACAGUGCCUAUUAUACUCUGAGCUCAGAAAAUGCCUGGAUAUAUACAUAACUGAGAAGUUAAUCAGUGGUGCUGCUUUACUCAUGACCUUCACAUGCAAAAAGCUGGCUAUUGGGGAGCUAGAGCCUCUAAGAUGAAUAAUGACAAAAUAAGAGGUGGUGUUUAAAAAUACUGUGAUUUGGCUUUUUUUUUUUUUUUUUUUUCUUUUGAGUGAAACGAGAAAAACUAAUAUGGAAACUUUGAUUUCAUAUUGGGGUCUUAGUGACAGCAUGCUUUAAUGUGUGUCUUCAAAAAGUGUGGUGUUUAGGAGAGGAACCAUGACCAGACUUGUGUGGACAAUAAGUAACAAGUGAUCAGUGGUGAAUAUCUAGCAUUGAAAAGAAUGAGAAAGAUGGCAAGCAGAAGAAGGCAAGAUAGGCGUUGAUAGAUACUGUUUGUAAAAGAGCUCUCUGGUAAUCAAGUUUCAGAGAUUUGGAAUUUUAAAGUUUUAGCUGCUUUUCUAAGUGAUAUAUGCAGUGUGGGAGAUGCAAUUACAUUGCUGCAAGCAAAGCUGCAGCAGAAAUAUAUGCUGUAGAUAAGUAUUUAAAAUGACAGUGGUGUGUGCAUAGAAGAAACCUGACAAGUUGUGAAAAUUGGAACUAUAUCACGGUAUCGCUUCUUCCAUGAUAUUCUGGGAACUAUGUUAAAAGGAAACAGGAAUCAUCCUAAUGGAACAUGAUCUCUUCUCUAUUCCAAACUAUUAUGAACUGAAUCUGACUGGCUGCUGCACUUGUGACAUUUUUUAAUCCAGUGUAAUGGAUUCCAUCACUUGUCCAGGCAGCUGUUGAAACCUCCCAUUGAUUGCAACCUGUGCCAUCUUUGUAUCCGCCUGUUUUGCGUUUCAGUUGUCAUCGCCACCUCAUUUUACCUCUUGUGAUCAGACGAUUCAAACUCCAGAAGGACCAACACCAAAUAAAUUAUGAAUGUUGAACAAGAUGACCUUACAUCCACAGCAGAUAAUGAUAGGUCCUAGGUUUAACAGGGCCCUAUUUGACCCCCUGCUUGUGGUGCUGUUGGCUCUUCAGCUUCUUGUGGUGGCUGGUCUAGUGAGGGCUCAGACUUGCCCUUCUGUCUGCUCCUGCAGCAACCAGUUCAGUAAGGUGAUCUGUGUGCGGAAAAAUCUUCGAGACGUGCCAGACGGCAUCUCCACCAACACCCGGCUACUCAAUCUCCAUGAGAACCAGAUCCAAAUCAUUAAAGUUAAUAGCUUCAAGCAUCUGAGGCACCUAGAAAUCCUGCAGCUCAGCAGGAAUCACAUCAGAACAAUUGAAAUAGGGGCAUUCAAUGGUCUGGCCAACCUCAACACUUUGGAACUCUUUGACAAUCGUCUGACCACUAUCCCAAAUGGGGCUUUUGUAUACCUGUCAAAACUGAAGGAACUGUGGUUGAGAAACAACCCCAUUGAGAGCAUCCCUUCUUAUGCUUUUAACAGAAUCCCUUCUCUCCGGAGGUUGGAUUUGGGGGAAUUGAAAAGGCUUUCAUACAUCUCAGAAGGUGCCUUUGAAGGUCUGUCCAACUUGAGGUAUUUGAACCUUGCCAUGUGCAAUCUUCGAGAGAUUCCUAACCUUACUCCACUUGUAAAACUGGAUGAGUUAGAUCUUUCUGGGAAUCACCUGACUGCCAUCCGGCCAGGCUCUUUCCAAGGGUUAAUGCAUCUUCAGAAAUUGUGGAUGAUACAGUCCCAGAUUCAAGUGAUAGAAAGGAAUGCUUUUGAUAACCUUCAGUCACUCGUAGAGAUCAACCUGGCACACAACAAUCUAACACUACUGCCUCAUGACCUGUUCACACCACUCCGCCUAGAAAGGAUCCACUUGCAUCACAAUCCUUGGAACUGCAACUGUGAUAUCCUUUGGCUCAGCUGGUGGAUUAAAGACAAGGCACCCUCCAACACUGCAUGCUGUGCCCGUUGCCACACGCCUCCCAGUUUAAAAGGAAGGUACAUUGGUGAGCUGGACCUGAAUUACUUCACUUGUUAUGCUCCAGUGAUAGUGGAGCCACCAGCAGACCUCAACGUCACAGAAGGCAUGGCUGCAGAGAUGAAAUGCCGGGCAUCGACCUCCCUGACCUCCGUAUCUUGGAUUACCCCAAAUGGAUCUGUAAUGACGCACGGGGCAUACAGAGUUCGGAUUGCUGUGCUCAGUGAUGGCACGUUAAAUUUUACAAAGGUAACUGUGCAAGACACGGGUUUGUACACAUGCAUGGUGAGUAACUCUGUUGGGAAUACCACGGCUUCUGCCACGCUGAAUGUGACCGCCCUGGAUAACCCUGGUUACACGUACUUUUCAACCGUCACGGUGGAGACUGUGGAACCUUCUCAGGAUGAGGCACAGACCACAGAGCAGGUUGGGCCCACACCGGUUACCAACUGGGAAACCAUUAACAUGACAACCUCACUCACUCCACAGAGCACAAGAUCAACAGAAAAAACGUUCACCAUUCCUGUGACGGACGCAAACAACGGGAUCCCAGGAAUAGAUGAGGUUAUGAAGACUACCAAAAUCAUAAUUGGUUGUUUUGUGGCUAUCACUCUCAUGGCUGCUGUGAUGCUGGUAAUUUUCUACAAAAUGAGGAAACAGCAUCACCGGCAGAACCAUCAUGCUCCAACGCGGACUGUAGAGAUCAUUAAUGUGGAUGAUGAGCUUACAGGUGACACACCCAUAGAGAGUCAUUUGCCCAUGCCAGCAAUAGAGCAUGAGCACUUAAAUCACUAUAACUCUUAUAAAUCUCCUUUCAACCACACAACAACAGUUAACACAAUAAAUUCAAUACACAGUUCAGUGCAUGAACCGUUAUUGAUCCGAAUGAACUCAAAAGACAAUGUUCAAGAGACUCAAAUCUAAAACAUUUAUGACAUUAAGGGGUGGGGUGGGGGGACAACAAAAGAUGGUUUAUAAAACAAAUGACACAAAUGACUGGGCUAAAUCUACUGUUUCAAAAGUGUCUUUACAAAGAAAAAGAAAUUUAUUUAUUAAAAAUUCUAUUGUGAUCUAAAGCAGACAAAAUUAUGUGUAUUCCUCAGAACCUGUUUUUGCUGCAGUUAUUUACCCUCCUCGUUCCCGUUUUCCUGCCCAACCUACCCUGAUUCCCAUUUGCCAUAUUUUUCAUAGGAGAUACUGAUUCCCUAAAAGAACUGAUCUAGGAAAUUUUGUAAGAAUUCUGUUACACUUUGGGAAUUUUUAUGGUGAAUUCUAGUGGUGAGAUUCGGUCUAUUUUGUCACUUUCUCUUUUUUCUUUUGUUUUCUCAUGCCCUUUUUGAAAUUAUUCAGCAGAGAAUGGAGUAAUAACAGCAACUUUGCAAGUGAGAAAAACAAACCUUUUUUUGCUCCAUGUAAUGAUUUGCUCUGUAUUUACCGAAAGCACCAUUCUGUGAAAAAAAUGAAAAAAGGUAAAAAAAAACCAACCAAAAAUUAAUUUACUUGUGAAAGCCUAUAAAACCCAUGAUCUUUUAAGCAAUUCUAGAACCAGAAUUUGUAGUUCAAACACUAAACUAAGAUUAUAAAUAAAAUAUUGGUUUUUUUCUGUA